GUCAAUUUCAUGCGCUCUGGUUGAAACGCCUGCUUGUUGUCUCCUCAGGCUCAGAGGAAGGAGAAGUUGCGUGUCCCGCUCUGACGAAACGUAAGAAGAAACAAGGAGAGUCGUUUGGAAGGUUAACUUCCUUUCAUGUCCCAAGGUGGAGCUGAAUGGAAAGAUAGUAGAGGUCGUGAAAGGCGAACCGGGGAAACCAUCCAUCACCUUGUGAGAACCGCGCCGUGCGAGGGGCGACGCUACUCCUGCUCCUUCUUCCUGAACCAACGUGCUGGACGGUGUGUGGAGCAAACAAGGGAAUGACAUAAACACAGCCAGAGAUGGUUCACUGUCCGCGGGAGCUUUCGCAGACUCUUCUCACGUUGCUGCUGCCGCUGCUACUGUUGUGAACUUUCUGCCCUAACAUUACCCGCGGGAGACAGAGACGGACAGGGAGGAUUAAAGAAAGUCUCUCUUCGUCGUCCUCUUUUAUUCUUGUCAGCAAAAAGGAUUAAUUAUGCCGGACCAAAUCACAGUCUCGGAGUUUGUGGCAGAGACAAAUGAAGACUAUAAAUCACCAACUGCCUCUAACUUCACCACCAGGAUGUCCCACUGCAGGAAUACAGUGGCUGCUCUGGAGGAGGCUCUGGACGUGGAUCGAAGUGUUCUGUAUAAGAUGAAGAAAUCUGUCAAAGCCAUUUACACGUCUGGUCUGGCCCACGUGGAGAACGAAGAACAGUACACUCAGGCCCUGGAGAAAUUUGGAGAGAACUGUGUGUACAGAGAUGAUCCCGAUCUGGGCUCGGCCUUCCUCAAGUUUUCUGUCUUCACCAAGGAGCUCACGGCACUUUUCAAAAACCUGUUCCAAAACAUGAACAACAUCAUCACCUUUCCUCUCGACAGUCUGCUGAAAGGAGAUCUGAAAGGAGUCAAGGGGGAUCUGAAGAAGCCUUUCGACAAAGCCUGGAAAGACUAUGAGACAAAAGUCACCAAAAUAGAGAAGGAGAAGAAGGAGCACGCGAGGCAGCACGGGAUGAUCAGGACGGAAAUUAGUGGAGCGGAAAUUGCAGAAGAGAUGGAGAAGGAGAGGAGAUUCUUUCAGCUGCAAAUGUGUGAGUAUCUCCUCAAAGUGAACGAGAUCAAAAUCAAGAAGGGCGUGGACCUGCUGCAGAACCUCAUCAAGUACUUCCACGCUCAGUGCAAUUUCUUCCAGGACGGCCUGAAGGCUGUGGACAACCUGAAGCCUUCCAUUGAGAAACUGGCCACAGAUCUGCACACGAUAAAGCAGGUGCAGGACGAGGAGAGGAAGCAGCUGACGCAGUUACGGGACGUCCUCAAGUCUUCGCUACAGGUGGAGCAGAAGGAGGAAUCACAGGUGCGGCAGAGCACCACCUACAGUCUGCACCAGCCACAGGGCAACAAGGAGCACGGCACAGAGCGCAGUGGGUAUCUGUACAAGAAGAGCGACGGGUUGAGGAAAGUCUGGCAGAAGAGAAAGUGCACGGCGAAGAACGGAUACCUGACCAUCUCACACGGCACCGCUAACAGACCGCCGGCUAAACUCAACCUGCUGACCUGCCAGGUGAAGCACAACCCUGAGGAGAAACGGAGCUUUGACCUCAUAUCACGUGAGUUUCAUUUCCUGAAACUUUUCCUGAGCGUGGAGCUAUUGCAGUUGGUGGACAUCAAGUCCAAUCAAUUUCAAUCCUAAUAUAUAUAUUUUUUA